UUUAUCCACCUACCUGAAAAUUAAUUUUGCAUCAAUGUUAUGGGUAUUGAAUAUAAAAGUAUUUAUUCUUAAAAGAAAAUUUGUAAAUAUAAACUUGGGCCUACAUCAAAUAAUUUUUGUGUGCUAAUUGUAUUGUUUUAGAAUUUGUUUAUUAUGUAUUGUUUACGCCCAUGACCACUUGAACGUCAAUAAUAAAUAAAAAUAUUAUUAAUUGGAUAAAAAAAAUGUGCCAAAUUUUAUGUUUCUCUGUAGUACAUACUAGUUAUAAUUUUUUAUUAAUAUGUUGUUCGCUAGAGUAUACUGCUAAGGAAAUGUUUUGUAUCUAUGGAAUUCAAUUUUGUAUUUUAAUUUUCAUUAUAACAUCAAUAAUCAAUAAGUUGUACUAAGUUAUUUAUUAUUUUAAUUUAAUUUUAAGUUAGUGAGAUCAAGUUUUUUAAAAAAGUAAUUAACCAUGAACUUUGUGUGCAACACCUGUUUCAAGGUGCUAUCGAGUAAAACAAUGCGGUCAGUCGAAGAUAUAAUUAAACCUACACUCAAGCAUACUACUUUGAUAAAACAGAUGAGAACAAAAGCUCGUCCACAAGGAACUAAUUCCUUGAUGAAAUCCGACUUCUUUAUAAACGAUACCAUGAGCCGGCGAAUUAGAAUUAACACGAUCAAAUAUCCCGUGCCGAAAAGUAUCCCAAAGCCUAAUGGGUACAUUUACAAAUCUCGCGCCGAACCAGAAAGGACAUAUACAUCAAGUUGGAUAAUAACAAUGAUUUUAACAGGACUUAGCAUUGAUACGCUGAUUAAAAUGUUACACUAUUAA